AUGAGCCAAGAACAAGAGACACUCGGGGAUUUGGAGCUUACAGACAGCCAUGACUCUCCCCAGGUAGAACCAGAAGAGAACGAACUGGUACCCCAAUCUAGCAACACCAAGAGACUUUCAGAUACUGCAUGGAAACAGGCCUCGAGAAGCGUGGAUGAAGAACUCGUGUCUGGAUUGAGUAAUGAGGAUUUAUGGUUGCUCGUCAGGCGGUUCAACAAGCAAAUUUACUAUGUUAAGGCUGCACCGGAUGCUCCUGUAAAGGAGCUUGAUCUCAAUCGAGCGGAAGACGAGCAUUUCCCCCCGGAAAAGCUACGAAUGACCCUUGAACGAUUCUAUACUUCAGUUGUCGUUGGAUUGGCCGGUUUCUUCAAACAAAUUGCUAGGCUGCGCUCGUGGAAAGAACCUCGACGUACAUCAAUAUUCUGUGCAGUCUAUUUCGUUAUGUGGCUUUUGGAUAGUCUCGCUCUAGCGUUCCUCGGUGCUCUUGUUUCCUUGGUUGUUUUCCCGCCAUGUCGGACACUGCUGUUCCCCCCUGCGCCUAUCGCAUUGGUUGAUGGCGACACCGGUAGUGUGAAGAAACCUCAGGCCGGUGAACUUGGAUAUGACAGCAUAACUGGAGCACCGGAGAGAUACAAGGGUGAAGCAGCUGAGCAAGAGGCCAGAAACUUGGUUAACAGCGUUGCUGGUGUUGCCAUGGAAAGCGCUGCUGCCAAGUAUGGCCAGGGUGUGGUGCCCGAAGAAGAUUCUGCAGAGUCCCCUAUCUCUGACACGAUGGAAAUUGCUACUACAGCAGCAGGUGAUAAUACUGAAGACGCCCCUGCUGAUGACAAGACAAAGAAGCCCAUGAAGAAAAAAGUGAUCAAGGCUACCAAUCAAACGAUGCGUGUGGUCAGUGAUAUCACGGAUAUCUGGGAGAAGUUUGCGAAUGCUCUGUCUCCAACGCCACCAUUCUCUGCAAUAACACCUCGUCUGCGCCUAGCGGGAAUUUUGGUCUCUAUAUGCUUGGCAAUACACCUAACAUCAAGUUAUUUGGUUAUCAAAGCAGGUGCCUUUGCUGUUGGAUUUGGAUUUUUCGGUGAUCCGGUUAUUCAAAGUUCUCUAGACUUUUUGAACAACCGAAUUCCUGAUUGGAAAAAGCAUUUGGAUCUGCAAAAUUCACUUCUGAAAGGAGUCCCCACAAAUGCUCAACUCACCUUGACCUUGCUCCGGAUUGGCGAAAUAAACACUACACCUUUGCCGCCCCCUCCAACCUCACAAAACAACGAGCCGCAAUGGCCUAUUCGUCGCUCAAAAUCCAGUACUACUACUUCCAGUGGAGGAAAGGACAAGGAUACCUCCACUGAUCUCCAAAGGCAGGGUUCAGAUGAGUCUUUGUCGGCACCAAAGUCCAAGAGAAGAUGGGUCGUCAAAGUCCUCAGAUUCUUCCGUCGUACGAUAGCAACAGCAAUCAAAAGCCACAUUGCAGUCGAUCGGGCCAUGGCCAUUGCAGGCUCUGCACAUACGAAGAAUUUGGUUGGUAUGGUUGGUAUGUUGCGCCAGAAGGGCUGGAUCUCCGCUCCAUACGGGCCUAUAAAAUUUGACGCGAAAUAUGAACGCAAACGGGGUGCCGUUGUCAUCGACUCAUCAAAGGAACCGCCCAUACUUUACUUUACAACAUAUCAGUCUUCUGGGUUGGAUGAUCUGCGUUUGGAAAGCAGAAAGAAGGGUUCUGUUUUGUUUCAAAUCCCUGUCACUGACAUCAAAGAAUUGAAAAAGACAGAAGGACUAGGCUGGAAGGGUAAGUUGAUUGUUGAAUUGACUGCCGGCAGCAAAGAGGCAGCAGAUGGCUUGAUUAUUGUUGGAAAGGAGACAGAUCAAUCCUACCACAUCACGGGCAUGAGGUCGAGGAACGAGUUGUUUAAUCGCCUGGUUGCCAUUGACGCACAAUUUUGGGAGAGUCGUUAA